UCAAUAUAAAUAAUAGCAACAUGAUUUUUUUGAUUUUGUGGAAAAUAUUCCGUCUAAAGUAUUCGUUUCAGUGCAGUUAUUAUGCCAAAUAACCAUUAUGCCAAAUGGCCUUUAUGCCAAAUGACCGUUAUGCCAAAUGACUUUUAUGCCUAAUGACCUUAUACCAAACGACCUAAUGCCAAAUAGGGUAUAAUCUCGUCUGCAAUUGUAGUGAGUGAUUCUGACGGGGAGCCUGUACUGCACUCUACAGGAUUCCCUAUCUCCAUGGGAUUGACUUGCGAUUAUAGGCAGUACAGCUCCAGUAGGACCAUUUUCAAAAAAAAACCUCUCCAAAAGUGAUAAUCUAACCACGCAAUCCCUUACCUGAAUCGGAUGCUGUAUCAGAACACAUUGAUAUCUCAUGAGGGUGCGCUUGAACAAAAGUAUUCUCAAUCAUUUUUUGUUUACGACGGUCAGCUGAAAUAAACACCCCAAUGGUUCCAAGAUAAGUGAAUGAUGCACUAUCACUUCGGUGGUUCAAUGUUACGACGCCUAGUGUUAUCAGUCUAGACCAUGCACUCUGCUGCAUAUUUGGCAGAUUUCAUUAUUCUUAAAUUUCAAUUUAGUCGGAUCAUCUUAAUUCUUGUGAAUCAUUGAGCUUCAGUUCUUCACGCGGUGAAACUUACGUAGGAAUUGGCUGAUAGCCAGCCAAUUUUUCAGUGAUGUAUUUGCAGUUGGCCAGUUAUUAUUUGAAUCGCGUCGAUCCUCCGCUGGACCAUGUUUCUAGCAGUGUUGACACGCUGUUUCUUCUGUAGCAACUUCAGAGUUCAACAUCGGUCUCCUUUAUCCGAAGAUUUCUUUCAGAAAUGUCGAACCGACUUCUAUGAAUGCCCCAAGAACGUGCUCGCACAGAAUGUGUGCACCCGGAUAGAUCCAUUCGAAGCGUGCAUGUCACGGAAGGCCCUGGAAAACACGCAGCAUGUCUUCACUUAUAAAAUCGAAAACGAGGGUAAACCUCUGACGAAUCAGAAAAGUUCCGGUCGCUGCUGGCUAUUUGCAGCCCUGAACUGUAUCCGAAUCCCCUUCAUCAAGCAGUAUAAUCUGGACGAGUUUGAGUUCUCCCAGGCCUAUCUGUUCUACUGGGACAAGAUCGAACGGGCAAACUACUUCCUGAACAACAUCGUUGAAACUUCCCGACGAGGAGAGAAGGUUGAUGGGCGACUAGUUGCGUGCCUGCUAGCGGAUCCGAUAUGCGACGGUGGUCAGUGGGACAUGCUAGUAAAUCUAAUUAACAAACAUGGGCUGAUGCCGAAGAAGUGCUUCCCGGAGAGCUACAGCAGUGAGGCAAGUGCGCGGAUGAAUUCGGUUAUCAAAAGCAAGCUUCGCGAAUAUGCUAAAGUUUUGCGGACACUUAUUGCUGAUGGUGCCAACGAGGACGAUUUGCAAGCACAGAUUCAGCAGCAAAUGAACGAGGUGUAUAAUGUGGUAGGCAUCUGUUUGGGAAUUCCACAGGAGAAAUUCACCUGGGAAUACAACGACAAGAGUAAGAAAUACUUGAGCAUUGGACCAAUCAAACCGACGGACUUCUAUGAAAAAUACGUGAAACCGUACUUUAACGUAGACGAUAAGGUGUGCUUAGUGACAGAUCCUCGGUCAACGAAUCCUUACCACCGAUCUUACACGGUCGAUUGUCUCGGCAAUGUAGUUGGUGGGCGGCCUGUAUUGUACAACAACCAACCCGUUGAAACACUAGUUGACCUUGUGGCAAAGGCACUAAAGCUUGGAGAACCCGUUUGGUUCGGGUGUGAGGUGAACAAACGGUUUGCCGGUAAACAGGGUAUAGAGGAUUUAGACAUUCACAACUUCAAGUUAGUAUUCGGAGUGGAUAUUCAAACGACAUUGGAUAAGGCUGAUCGCUUGCUUUACGGUGAAUCGAUGAUGACGCAUGCGAUGGUUUUCACCGGAGUAUCAGUAGAUCCCAACACCCAGCAGCCAACUAAAUUCCGCGUCGAGAACACCUGGGGCGAGGACCGUGGCGAGAAGGGCUACCUCAUAAUGACGGCCGAGUGGUUCAAGGAGUUCGUUUUCGAGGUGGUCGUAGAUCGCAGCAUAGUGCCACAGGACGUGUUGGAUGUGUUUGAGCUUACCCCAACAGUGCUGCCUGCAUGGGACCCGAUGGGCACGCUGGCGAAGUAGAUCCUAUCACACCUCGCUUCUCAUUGCUGGCCUACUAGCGCACGCGCAACUAGUUUCUUAUUCUUUCAAAAAUAAAAGCAAGAGAAUUACCACGAUAUUCGGAAGCAUACACAAUGCGCAGCGCGAUCAAAAUGCAUGCUUUAACGCGCGCUCAAUAUUAUCGCAUCGGCAAAAGAAUUCACCCUUAAAAUUUGUGGCAAUACAGGCAUAUUAGAAGCAAAACAAACCGUUCUUGUUAGCAAGAAGAAUAAAUAUUAUCUAGCUAAUAUGUAAACUGUAUUUAAAUUAACUAAUAUAAUUAUUAUUAAAUGUCACAGGUAUAACUGAACAGAAAAGAUAGCGGUGGACGCAAAUAAUCAUUUUUAAUGAAAAAUAAGAAGGCAAAUAAAUAUAAAACUGAUAUUGAAAUUGCA